AUGCAUUUCACUCCAGCUUUCAUUUUCACUAUCACCCUGGCCUCUGUCUGCAUGGGCGCUGCAGUCGACAAGCGCAAGUCCUGGCUCUUUUCCUGCGGCUGCGACGACCCUAUGAACGCUAUCUGUGUCGUGUAUAUAGGGCCCCUUAGUUCUGCAAGCAUCAUGUAUCAAUCGGGCGACUGUGCUCUGGCUAUCGGAAACACCCAGAAUAUUAACGGCCCUGGCGGUAUUGGUGGUGGAGUUACUGGAACCACGAUUAGUGGGGCCGACUUUAAGGACCUUAUGACACAGAUGAUGGGCUGUGAAGACACGGCGAAUGGUCUUAUCAACGCUUGUGCCUCGGUUGGAGCUGGCAACGCCAUGAUUUUCAAGCACUAG